GUUGAUUAUACCAACAUUUUGAGGAAGACCCUUGAAAAUGGAUCAGGCAUAGUCAAGUUCUUUAAAAGUUUAGAUUACACGUUCUCCCAGUGCAAUCAAGCAGAGGAAGAUUUGAAAAGAGCACUGGAGACAAUCUCGUCGGAAAAUGAUGAACUAUCAUCCAAAGCACAGGAGUGGCUUCGUAAUUUUGACAUCAUGAUAAAGAGUUUGAGUAUAGAACGGCAUUGGACUUCAACUAAAGUGAACGAGAAGCGCAAAAAGACUCAAGCAUUAGAAUUGAUUUCUGCCGAAAAAGAAGAACAGCAUUUUUAUAAUGUGAGGUCAAAUAUUGCUGUGGAAUACGACAGUGCUAGCGAUGAUUUUCAAGUCAGAACUCAGCGUCUUUCAUCUUUUAAAGAACCAUCGGAUUCAAAAAAGAUGAAAUCAAGUGGUAAAACUCCAACUAUUGAUGUGGUCUAUGAUGGUUACGAAACCUCCACUAGCGAUUAUACUUCUGCUGAUACUGAGGAGAAAUCAACGAACGAAAUGUUACUUAUCGACCUAGCAAAAUUCGAAGAAGCAUACUCUAAAUUAGAUCCAAAUUGCAUGUGGGUGCUUGAGAGUGGUCGAAAAGUGAAAGAAGUAAUCUAUGAAUUCGCUAGAAAUUUGCCUAGAGAGUCAUGCCUGCAUUCAUUCAUAAUAAAUGAUGCUGAUGCUGAUGUUAAAGGUUUAUUUUCCGAUGUCGAAUGGAAAGAAAUUACUGGUUCGGAAGUUAAGGAGAAUCUAAAAAUUGGACUCUCUCUUCGGGAUUUAAUGAUAAAAUACACAGUUAAAAGUAUCAAGGAAUUGCGGAAAAUUAUUUAUGAACCAUUUAUACUAGAUGGCAGUGAAUAUGACAAAAAUCUUCAUCACGAUCUCGAUUUUAUUAAUUAUGCAUAUUGGAGUAUGUUGUUUUUAUGGGAUAGGGAGGAGAAUCCUUUUGAUUCUUCUAAGUUAGAGGGAUGGUACGAAAUGAACAUUUGGGGCCACCUGAUCGAUCUGAUAUUUCACGAUAUUAACAUUGAUUUAGUGCGUGGUGAGUGUAUGAGUUGUGCCUCGAGCGAUAGAAAAAACAUUAUAAGAAUGAUCAAUGAUCGAAAGAAGAUUGGUCGAAAAAGGGACGGAGUUUUUAAGUUAUGUAAGGAUCGCCUGGAAUUUGGUGCCAUAGAGGCAGGUCGUAAAUGGGAAGGACAUAAUGGGACUAAAUACUUGAAUGAUUCCUUAAAACUAAAUAAAAUGAUGAAGGACAUGAUUGUACAGCUCACUACCAUAUGUGAUUGGAGAGAGGACCUUGUUAGAAAAUUGGAAGUUAUCGGGAUUCUACAUGGAGCCAAUAGAAUUCAAAUAAUCACGAUGGAUUAUCUGAAAGGAUAUAUUUCUCAUAUCAGACAUAGGAAGUUCUAUGAAGUUUCAGGUCGCCUAACUAAAUCCAAUCCACUUGCCUUGGUGUUGAAGGAAAUAUUAUAUGCAAAAUAUAUUAUUCUACGGACACUAGACUUGAUAAACCAAAAGGAUGACAUUAAUAUUGAAAACUUCCUUAACGACUCCGAUGAACAGGACGGGUGUCGUACACCUCCUUUCAAAGUUAACAUAGCUCCUACUUUCAAGACUCUGAAGACAGCCAGAACCAAAGAUGUGAUUAAUAAAAAAUAG